AUGUCUCAUCACUCCAUAGUUGGGAUCUCUGGACACAAGCAUUUCAGCUCCUGUUCAAUGGCUUCAUCUAAACAUGGGAGCUCACAGCACACAUUCUCUCACUCCUCCAACUCUGCAAAUCAUGGUAAGAAGUCGAUACAUUGCUUUAGCAGCAGAAGUGCCUGUGGUAUGGGUUCCAAAGGACACAAAAGCUCACUGGGAAGUUUUUAUUCUGGGAAAAAUGGACACGCAUCUGGACAUGGAUCUGGACAUGGAGGUAUUGGCUAUGGAUUUGAGGGAUCAGCAUGCUCUAGAGGCAUCACCCCAGUUACUGUAAACCAAGGUCUUCUGGCCCCUCUCAACCUGGAGAUUGACCCAAGCAUCCAGAGAGUGAGGACUGAUGAAAGAAAUCAAAUUAGGGGUCUGAAUGACAAAUUUGCUUCUUUUAUUGACAAGGUGAGAUUAUUUGACAUGAUAAGUAGACUAGAGAGAAACAUCUAACCAGCAGAAGAUACAAUAUAUUUUUUUUUAUUACACUAUUAUCCUAUCAUGACAUGUCCUAUAAGAUGAACAGAGGAAUUUACAAUCUUUGCUUGCUGCAAGAGGUUCCACGGAUAUGGCUUUUAAAUAGUAUUUAUUGUAAAUGUUGAUUCUAACAUAAACCUAAGCUGUCUUCAUGUUUUUUUAAUGUCUUCUAAGAUUGAGUUCUAGUAAAUUUGCUCCACAGACAAUUAUAAGAAUUGUAUGUUUGUUUGUUCAUGGCUAAUACGAUAGCAGUUAUAUUUUCUAUACCUCUGAAUAUUAAAGCAGUAAUACUUUAUAGUACAUGUUCAUUUUAAGUGUUUUGAUUUGCAUGCAUAUAUAUAUAUAUAUAUAUAUAGACACAUUCAAAUUCUAUAACUUCUUUAUAAAAUGUGAUAUUCAAGAAAGCUAAAUUAAAAUCAAAUAAGUAAUGAAAUUCUUUUCAAUAAACUUUCUAAUUUAACCUUAGGUGCGAUUUCUGGAACAACAAAAUAAAAUGUUGGAGACUAAGUGGGCUCUCUUACAAGAACAAAAAACUGCCCAUUAUCAAAUUGAACCCCUGUUUGAAGCUUUUAUCAGUAACCUUAGGAGACAGUUGGGAAACCUGGGAUGUGAGAGAGAACGUCUAGAAGCAGAAAGGAACAAUAUGGAACAAUCUGUGGAAGAACUACGGGGAAGGUAUGUUGUUUUUUGUUUGUUUGAUUUUUAAACAAUCAAUUUAUAUAGCUAUAUUCAUGCAUUUACCCAGAAACAAAUUUUUCUGUAUAAUCUCUAGUAUAUUAUUUCACUGUUAAAAAUGAAAAUAAAAUUUUCUAAAGGGGCACUCUAUAUAUAUAUAUAUAUAUAUAUAUAUAUAUAUAUAUAUAUAUAUAUAUAUAUAAAACACUGUAAUUUAUUGUAGUGGAUUUAAAACAAAAUAUUUUGAGGCAAAAAAAGAAACUUCCGCCCAUCAAGUUCUGCUUUUUUCACAUAUGUUUUUGCUGUUGAUCCAAAAGAAGGCAAAACACCCAGUCUGAAGCGCUUUCAGUUUUGCAAAAAAUUGGGAAACACAAUUCCUUCUUGACCCAAAAUGGCAGUCAGAUUUAUCCUUGGAUCAAGCAGCUUUUACCCCACUAAUUAGAAAUUAUAUCCCUUAAUAUUAUGUUUCUGAAGUAUUAGCAAAUUGCUGCUGAAACAUCAGUAUAGACUCUGAUAAAUCCACAUCUUCAUGCAGGAAAUCCCACAUUCUUUUUGUUCUUACUGUAAAAAAAAAAAAAAACACUUUUCCUUGCCUUAGAUGAAAUCUCCUUUCUUCCAGCCUAAAUGCGUGUCCUAUGCAUAGCUCUGUUUAUGAAUAGAUUUCCAGAUAAUGGUUUAUACUGGCCCCGAAUAUAUUUGUAUAAUGUUAUCAGAUCCCCUCUGAGACACCAUUUUUCCAAAUUAAAGAGAUUUAAAUAUUUUAACUUUUCUUAUAUACUCCUUUUAGUAAAUAACCAGAUUGAACUUUUAACAUGUACACUAGCAAAACAUUUAAUUAAAACUGAAUUCCAUUAAGAAGAAAGGUUUCUGCUACAUAGCAAUUCUUAAUAAAUGUUAUUAAUAUUUAAUAUUUUAGGUUUGAAGAAGAAGUGAACAGACGCACCGCGGCAGAAAAUGAGUUUGUUGGACUAAAAAGGGUAAAAAAGGAAACUCUAUAGAUUUCUAAAAUGUAAAUGAAUAAAUCAUUAUAGAACAGUAGCAAUCCCCUUAAUGUAUAUAUUUCCUUAUUUCAGGAUGUAGACGCAGCUUUUAUGAACAGAGCUGAGUUACAAGGAAAGGCUGAGUCCCUGACUGAUGAGAUCAACUUCUUGAGGACUCUGUAUGAUGCGGUGAAUAUAUUUUCAUAUAUUUCAUUUCUGGAAUUUACUUAAAAGAUUUUAUUUUCUUUCAUAUUUGAAAAGUUCCAUAAAAAACAUUUUAUCUGCUUUUUAACUUUCUAGGAAAUUUCCCAGCUCCAGGCUCAGAUCUCAGACACCUCAGUGGUUGUGUCCAUGGAUAACAGUCGGGAUCUGGACCUGGAUGGAAUCAUUGCUGAGGUCAGAUCUCAAUAUGAGGACAUAGCUAACAGAAGCAGAGCUGAGGCGGAGGCCAUGUACCAGUCACGGGUGAGUCGAUUGAAGCUCAAACGCCAACUGAAUAGUAUGCAGAUUAUUAUUCACAGAGUAGCAUAAAACCAAAGCACAUUAUAUGUUUCACUUUUUGGGCAGUUUGAGGAGCUUCGUACAGCUGCAGGAAGAAAUGGAAAUAAUCUGCAGAGCAGCCGAGAUGAGAUCUGUGAGCUGAAUCGAACAAUUCAAAGAAUGAAGGGAGAGAUUGACAGUGUGAAGGCUCAGGUAAAACUAGGGGACACAUGAGUUACUAAGGUACUAAUAAAGCAUAACUGACUGAAACCCAUAUAUAUUGAAUUACAUGUAAGGCAGAGCCAUAUUGAAUAGUUUUUAAUUAUGAUUAUUGGAAAAAACAAUUAAAAAAGCAAGUAACUUAUUGGAAUAUUAAAUGGUUUAUUAGCGCUCUGCACUUGAAUCAGCAAUAAAUGAAGCUGAGGAACGUGGAGAAUCUGCUGUCAGAGAUGCCAAGAACAAACUGUCUGAGCUGGAAGGUGCUCUACAGAAGGCCAAGCAGGACAUGGCUCGCCAACUGCGAGAAUACCAGGAGUUGAUGAAUGUGAAACUGGCUUUGGAUAUUGAGAUCGCCACCUACAGGAAGAUGCUGGAAGGAGAGGAGGGCAGGUGAGUUACUGAGUCCUUAACAAAUUAAUUAUCUGUGUAUGACAGUGGGUUGAUUUCACUGAUGCGAGAUAUUUUAUGGCAUGCUGCAUUCUAAGGAAUUAAUGUUGAAAUCAAUAUCAAUAUGGAAAGGUGAGGGUGACUCUGGGUGUGUUAUAUGGUUAAAUUUUUGAAUCCCCUCAAAAAAGAGAAAAAAAGAAAACUUAGAGGUGGAUUAAAAACAAAUGAAUCAAGGAAAGAGCCCACUCAGACAUGCAACCUUGCUGCAAAUGAAUGAUCAAAUGUGCAAAACUGCUAAACUGCUAAUGCUAUAACUCUCCUCAUAAGAUAUCACCAUCCCAGGCUGAUGCUUGAAUUCAUAUGGUAUAAGUAGGAGAGAAAGUUGUGUCUGUGAAGUGCACACGGAUCAUUUACAAAGUAGCUAGAGCACUCAGUUAUAUUGAAGUCAACACUAAGUGGAUACAAAGUAUGUAUUACCUUGUAUACUUUCAAAGAAUUAGACCUCAGUGUGGAGUUGGCGUGGUGAGGAGGGAGAAAGGGACUAAUCUCUCAUACAGCGUGCGGAAUAGUAUCGCUAUCGAUAGCCAGAACUCUGUAUGACAUCCCUGUCGCCAUCCCACACACCCACUGCAAGAAAGGAUGAUACUAAGCUGAUUAUCUAAGAAAUCUAUGAUUAUGAGCGCAAUCACCUAACCAAAAUUUAACUAGCUAUCUAACACGUGUUUCGGAGCUGCUACACGCGCCUUCUUCCGAGACAAAUAACCAUAUAACCCACCCAGAGUCAUCCUCACCUUUCCAUAUUGAUUUUAAUCAAUAUAUUCCUUUCACUUUUCUUUUUUAAGCAGUAACUAUUAAAAGUUAAAUUUUAGCUGCACACACCAUUAUAGCAACUAAUUAGGGGGCGCCCUAUUUCCUUUGACCACCUUGGUCUUUCCUUUCUUUUUCUUAUAUUAAGAGAAAAAGAGAAUGUGAAGAAAUAUUGUUUUAAAAAGUUAUAAUUAAUUUGAACUAUAACACAGUGUCCCAUUAAAAUGGCCUUGUGUAUAAAGGGACAACAUAGAAACAUAGAAUGUGACGGCAGAUAAGAACCAUUCGGCCCAUCUAGUCUUCCCAAUUUUCUAAAUGCUUUCAUUAGUCCCUGGCCUUAUCUUACAGCUAGGAUAGCCUUAUGCCUAUCCCGUGCAUGCUUAAACUCCUUUACUGUGUUAACCUCUACCACUUCAGAUGGAAGGCUAUUAUAUAUAUGAUCUAAGUAUAUAUAUAUACACAUAUACAUACACACACGUACACUGUAUAGGUGUAUUUUACUAUUAAUAUAUAUAUAAUUAUAUAUAUAUAUAUUAAUAUCAAAUUACACAUAGACUGAUACUGAUUAAAUAUAUAUAUAAUUAUUGUUAUAUAUAUAUAUAUAUAUAUAUUUAUAUAUAAUAUAAAAAAUAUGUAAAUACGUUAAAAAAUAAUAAAAAAAUUAUAAAAAAAUAAUUAAAAAAUAUAUAGAUGUAUGUUAUUUCUUUCUAACUGUAUUGUGAUAUUAAUAUAUAUAUAUAUAUAUAUUUAUUUUAAAAUACACAUAGUACGAAAUAAUAUAUAUAUCUAUAUACAUAAAUAUAUAUGUAUAUAUCACUAUAUAUAUACCUAUAUAUAAAUAAAAAUAUUUUUAAAAAAUUAUAUAUAUAUAUAUAUAUAUACAUAUAUAUUCACAUAUGUAUAUAUAUAUAUAUAUAUAUAUAUAUAUAUAUAUAUAUAUAUAUAUAUAUAUAUAUAUAUAUAUAUAUAUAUAUACACAUAUACACACACACACACAUUAAUUCUACAUAUAUAUUUAUGUAAUAUUUUUACAUAAUUGGGUAUCUUAAUUAAUUACAAUUAGCGGGACCUGCCUGACAACCCAUGCCGAAAGUAAAGGGAAUUUAAUUUGAUAGCACUAUAUUUAACCCUAUAACUUUCCAAGACACCAUAAAACCUGUACAUGGGGGGUACUGUUCUACUCGGGGGACUUUGCUGAAUACAAAUAUUAGUGUUUCAAAAUAGUAAAACGUAUUACAACGAUGAUAUCGCCAGUAAAAGUGACCUUUUUUGCAUUUUUCAUGCACAAAGAGCACUUACACGGACGAUAUUAUUGCUGCGAUAAUUUUUACUGUUUUGAAACACAAAUAUUUGUGUUCAGCGAAGUCUCCCGAGUACAACAGUACCCCUCAUGUACAGGUUUUAUGGUGUUUUCAAAAGUUACAGCGUCAAAUAUAAGGCUUGUGUUUCAUUUUUUUCACAUUAAAAUUUGCCAGAUUGGGAACGUUGCCUUUGAGACCCUAUGGUAGCCCAAGAAUGAAAAUUACCCAUAUGAUGGCAUACCAUUUGCAAUAGUAGACAACCCAAGGUAUUGCAAACGGGGUAUUUACAGUCUUUUAUAGUAGCCACUUAGUCACAAACACUGGCCAAAAUUGGCGUUUUUGCAUUUUUCACACACAAACAAAUACUAACGCUAACUUUGGCCAGUGUUUGUGACCAAAUGGCUACUAAAAAGACUGGACAUACCCCAUUUGCAAUACCUUGGGUUGUCUACUAUUGCAAAUGGUAUGCCACUAUGGGUGUAAAUGUAAUUCCUGGGCUACUAUAAAGUCCCAAAGGCAACGUAACCAAUCUGGCGAAUUUCAAUUUCAAAUGUAAUGUGCUAUAUUUGACACUGUAACUUCCCAAAACACCAUAACACCUGUACAUAGGGGGUACUGUUUUACAUGUGAUACUUUGCUGAAUACAAAUAUGUGUAUUUUAUUGUAGUAAAAGCAAACAGUAUUAUGACAUUGACCGUUAAAAUGUCAUGUAGAACUAAAAAAAUAAAACAAAAUCUUAUUUUCUCCCAUUUUUUUUAUAUUAAAUUAUGUUUCAUAGCUAAAUAUUUGAUAUUAAAUGAAAGCCCUGUUUCCCCUGAAUAAAAUGAUAUAUAAUAAGGGUGGGUGUACUUAAUAUAAAAGAGGUGUAUUACGGUUGGAUAGACAUGUAGCGCAAAUGCCAGGUUUUGUUUACAUUUUGUUUCGUUCACAAUGCGUACAUUUGGCUCCGUCCUUAAGGGGUUAAAUAUAGUCUCCUCCUUUAAAGUGUUGAUUCCCUUUAUAUAUUUAAAUGUUUCUAUCAUAUCCCUCCUGUCUUGUCUUUCCUCCCAGCUAUACAUGUUAAGAUCCUUUAACCUUUCCUGGUAAGGUUUAUCCCGCAAUCCAUGAACCAGUUUAGUAGCCCUUCUCUGAACUGGUUCAUGGAUUGCAGGAUAAAACAACCACAUUGGAAAUUUCAUUACAAGUAUUCGCUCCUGUUAGCUAAUUAGAGAGAUAAUUAUCUAAUACUAAAAUAAUGUGUUUAUGUUUUAUUUCAGGAUGACUGCUCAUGGUUCAGUUAAUAUAUGUAAGUGAUACAAUACUUGAGAACAUUGAAUCUUAGAACAAAAUAAAAACCUUACAAACACACUGGUUAUAUGAGUGCUUCUCUUAAUGUACUUUUUAUUUGCUGCAUUGCUUCUCUGACAAAAUCUCUCCAUACAUUUCUUUCUAUUGAUACAGACAGUAUUAUCAAUAGUUAUUAAGGUGUUAGGUAUUUGUAUUUAUUGUCAUUUCUAUUUGGAUAAUAACUUGUAGCAUUAUUGUGUUUCAGCCGUGCUUCACUCCAGCACUGGAGGAAAGCACAGCUCAGGAGAGAAGUCCCACGGUACUAGUGGUCAACAUUACAGUGGAGGAUCCAGCGCAAGCAUCUCGAAAAGUAGAAACAGCUCUGGCCACGGACACCACUGCUAA